AACACCACUAAACAAAAUGGGUUACAAAAUGUGAUUUCUGAUUUAUGGAAAAACCUUGGUUUAACUAUAAACAACUCGACCAAUCCUGAUUCUCUUAACAUCAACAUAGAAUCAUUUUUCACAAACGGGAAGGGAACCAAUGUUUUAAGUCUAAUUAUUGAAAUUGUUUCUGGAUUACUUUUACCUGGGAGAAAACUCGAUGAUAAUUCAUCGGUGGACCUAGCGGCGUUGACGUCAAUGGCUUCGUUGUUGACCAUAAAGAGCUGGGGUGUGUCCCCAGAAUGUAGUAACGACUUGUCGCUGCUACUACAAGGACUGAUGGGAAGAGAGGGCUGGGCUUUGACAGUGUUGGAUGCUUUUGGAAAGCCGGACAGCGGUAUAAUGCAGGGCCGAAUCUGGUUCCCCGGUGGAUAUGAUGAAUGUCUAGGCGUAGACGCCACCGUGAACAACAACGCGAUGGAGACGAUGAACCACUUUAAGGGCAAAUACUGCCGUCUAGAAUUGCCCAGUGACAUACCCCCGUUGGGCUUGGGGUAUGAGAACGCCAUUCGAAUUGGUCUGUGUGUAUCAGACAGAUGCAACAAAGCCGAUCUUAACAGUUUUGUUGAAGCAGUUCAAAAAACACUUUUAAAUAUAACCACCAAAGGAAAAAUAGAAGUUGUGUGUGAUGAACCUAUGCAGCUCGGAUCGGAUGCCAUUGGAUGCAUAUGUUUCCUAGCUAGUUUAGGGGCUUUCGUAUUGUUUGGUACAUUGUACGAUAUUUUGGCUGUCCAAAUGAAAUCAAACUACAAUGACAAGUCCUGUAAAACACCACACCGCGUUACCGUUGCCUCGGGUGUUUUCAAUGUGAAUAAAGCAGCUAUUAGAGUAGAAAGCCACACGGAUGCUCACGACAUUAAGGAGGAAAUUCCUCCUGUGCUCAUAGAGAAGGCCGUCAAUUGUUCUAACACCGGUAAUCCAAAUGUUGAGAAGGUUUUAUCCAAGCACAACCAAGGAGCAAUGGAAAGGGUUUUGCUUGCGUUUUCAUUCUACAGCAAUGGUGUCAAAAUAUUGAAUACCGACCAGCGAAAGGGAUCACUUAAUGCCCUGAAUGGAAUAAGGUUCCUGAGCAUGGCAUGGGUCAUCCUUGGACAUACUUAUGGUUUCUCCAUAGGGUUUGAUGUGGCGUCCUAGUGGCAUACCUGACCUUGCAGGAAUUAAAGAAAGUGGGCGGGGCAAAACGGCUCAAUUGGCUCAUGUUCUAUUUCCAUCGAUUCUGGAGGCUAACUCCUCCAUACAUGCUGGUGUUGAUGUUUGGAACGGUGCUAUCUCCCUACUUGAUAUCUGGCCCACUCCGGAUACCCGGUGACUUACCUACCAUGCUGGAGUGUCGGAAAAACUGGUGGACUAAUCUAC